UACAUCAAAAGGGAGUGGUCCAGAGAAGAGCAGAACAAUCUCCAGAGUGUCCAUCAGUUGGAAGAUUAUAGAAGAAAAUCAGCAGCCAACGUCUGAUCAACCAAAGAGCAGCGCAGCCAUGGCGAGGACAGACUUCCUGGUAUCAUCAGACUACUUUAUGGCUGUAGCCGUCCUGUCAGCCCAAAGGAGCAGAGACCCAAGCACACAGGUGGGGGCCUGUAUAGUGAACCAGGAGAGUAAGGUAGUUGCCACUGGUUACAAUGGCAUGCCCAACGGCUGUGAUGAUGCCCUGCUGCCGUGGGCCCGCUCUGGUACUGCUGACUGGCAUGACACGAAACACCCUUACAUGUGCCACGCAGAGCUGAAUGCCAUCAUAAACAGCGCUGACGUGAGAGGCUGCACCAUUUAUGUGACUUUGUUCCCCUGCAACGAGUGUGCCAAGCUCAUCAUCCAGGCUGGUAUAAAGAAUGUGGUCUAUCUUUCUGAUAAGUACAAACGCCGACAAGAGACGGUUGCUUCCAGAAGACUGCUCGAUGCGGCACGCGUACCAUACACGAUGUUCGAGCACACCAGGGAUGAGGUUGUGAUUCCAUUAACCACCCCUGAAAACUGACCAGCGUGACCAAGUGAAAAUGCAAAAGGCUCACCUUGGGGCGCUGCUGAAUGAGGCGGGAAGUAGAAGGAGACUGACACGAUUGAAAGGCACUUUGAUGCCUCUUUUCUUCUGUAUGUCUUCUUGCCCCCUGCCUUGUCCAAAGGAAUCCUCAAGGAUACCUCAAGAUAGUUUAAUUUGACGCUUUCGCUCUUUGUGGAUGGUUGUGGCAGAAGGUCUUUCAAUGCUGCUUUCACACUUUUAUUUCCUUUUAAAACUCCCUUUGGAGUGGGACAGGUGUACACAAGGGCUCUGAACACACUUUCUUGAGUGUUUGAUUUUAAAAUCUUUUGUGUUGUGAAUCAGAUCUCCAAACUCAUGGCUGUCUGCACAGGGGAGAACCAGAAUCUGUUUGAUUCCUCCUUCAAACAAGGUUCCAGAUUAAUAAAGAGGCACCUUAACAUUUACUGCAUUUGACCUUUCCCAUUCAAAGUGAAAGCUGCUCUCAGUAAAUCAGUCUUUAUGCAAUUUGGUUCAUCAAACCUGUCUGCAGAAAGUAGCCACUAUGUAGCCUGGGGUUUUUACUGCUGAUUGCAUUUCUUCUUUUGAUGCUCUAAUGGGUAUCAACCGUACUGGCAAGUAAAUAUAGAAAAUAUAUUUUAACAAAGAUGUAACAAUGACUUAGCCUGGAAAUCCAGACUCAAAUCUAGAAAGAUUCUGAGUCUGGCCCUCACCGAUACACCCUUCCUACCCAAGGGGCGGCACUAACUGAGGCAUAUUAAAUGCCGCCGCACACAAUUGGAUAGCACAAUGGCCAAUCAGAGCAAAAAACAAGGUGACAUAUUUAUUGCACUAAGCCCCAUUUGUUUGCCGACCAGUGGGGCUAACUGAUAUAUUAUGCUUUUGCCGUAUCCCGUCAGCAAAACAGCAAAAACGUGUAGUUGGCUUAGCGUUUCUUCCAAAGCUAAAUUGAAUGGACGUGGUCCUUCAGCAGCUGCCAUCUUGGCUGUUUACUUUUUGACUCCUACGGCACAGCGCUGUUGUCAUCACGUUACACCCGCCUCGGUCAGAUAGACUGAUCUGAUUGGUACGGUUGCGAUUCACCGGGCUCUGCUCGUCGGGGCCAGAUUCCUGUGCAGUGCAAAUUUGAAUUUGCUAUGGGCGGGGCAUCUGGAUUUCCAGGUUAACAAUGACUCUCAGCAUGGACGCUACAAAGAGGAUGUGUUGUAUUGCUCAGUGUAUAAACAACACGUUAAUAACAGUUUGAAGCUUUUAUUACAAAGUGAUUUUUAUUUUACACUUUAACUAAAACUAAUGAAUUGCUUUACUUGAGUAAUGCUAAUAAAUACUUUAUCUAAUUUAAGUUGCUCUACAUGAAUAAGGUGACGGUUAUACCCUAAUACCAUCUUACAAAUUAC